AUGACUUCUUGCUCAGAGAUCUGUGGGUCGGAGUAUGUUGAGCAAGCUCAAGCCAACGGGAACUGCCAGCAGUAUGGAGUCCGCUCUUACCUACACCAGUUUUAUGAGGAGUGCACAGCUUCUAUCUGGGAACGUGAUGAAGAUUUUCAGAUUCAGAGAUCACCUAGCAGGUGGAGCUCUUUACUCUGGAAGGUCUGUCUCGUGUUCGGCUCCCUGAUCUUGUUUGCAGGCCUCAUUGUUGUUUUGGUGGGUUAUGCCACUCCAACCAGGUACGAGGCAUUUGGCGAGGACGAUCUCCUUUUUGUUGACAGCCACGCUGUCAGUUUCAACCGCGCACUGGAUGUGUGUAAGCUGACUGGUGCUGUGUUGUUCUGUGUGGGAGGCACCUCCAUGGCUGUGGGACUCCUGCUGUCUGCCUUUGCCAAAAGCUACUCCAAAGAAGAACUGUACCUGCAGCAGAAGUUUAAGGAGAGGUUGGCAGAUCUGCACGCAGUUGGUACCCCCAUAAUGAGAGCACCGACCCCCGGAGAGGGAAAGGUGCCAGUCACACUUUCCAAAGUCCAGAACAUCCAGCCAGUGACCACAAAGUCGGAGACCUGA